AUGACCUCGACCUCUGACUCGGUGAUCCCUGUCGUGGAUUUUGCCAAGUGGACCUCUGGCGGGUCAAGUCGUCUGCAAAUCGCUCAGGACAUCGUCGCUGCUUGUAAGAAGGUGGGGUUCGUGUAUAUCGUCAAUCACCCUGUGCCAGACCACCUUGUCGACGAGGCCUUCUUAUGGUCUCGGCUUUUCUUUGAUUUACCUCAAGAGGACAAGCUCAAGGCACCUCAUCCAGAGGGAUGGGCUGUUCACAGAGGCUAUUCCUGGCCCGGGCUGGAGAAAGUCUCGCAGGCAAUGAGUACGACCAAUGACCAGGAACGAGCCCAGCAGUUGAGAGAGAUACCCGAUGUCAAGGAGAGCUAUGACAUUGGCAGCGACCAGAAUUCGUCGCAGCCCAACCAGUGGAUUCCAGACGAAGUGCUCCCAGGUUUCCGUGAAUUCAUGUCACGGUUUUAUUGGGAAUGCUUUGUCGCUGGAGGCGAGAUAUUGCGCGCUCUCGCUAUCGGUCUGGGACUGGAAGAUGAGAACUAUCUUUUGGAGAAACACUCGGGGCAUAACAACCAACUACGCCUGCUCAACUAUCCUCCAGUUCCAGCCGAAGCAUUAGAGAAUGAACGAGCAGCGCGUUGUCCUGCGCAUACAGACUGGAGCUCGAUCACCCUACUCUUCCAGGAUGACUGCGGCGGACUGGAAGUCGAGGACGUGACGAGUCCUGGCAAGUUUGUUCCCGCGACGCCCAUCACAAAUGCCAUUGUCAUGAACGUUGGCGACCUGCUGCAGAGAUGGAGCAAUGAUCAUCUACGAUCGACUAGCCAUCGUGUUACUCUACCGCCUCUAUCGGAUCGGUUCGAAGGCGAACAACGCAUGACUCGUAGACGCUUUUCCAUUCCGUAUUUCCUGGCGCCGGAUCCUGAUUCUACGAUCGCGUGCAUACCAUCUUGUAUGGGGACUGAUGAGCCGGCCAAGUAUGAGCCGAUCACACAGGCUGGUUAUAAUCAGAUGCGUGCGUCCAUGCAGUAUUAA